AUGGCCGAAUUAACUAGAAUUAUUGGUAAUGGAAAAGCGGCUGAAUGUGUGGGCAAUAUCAAAUUUCGAAAAGAAUCUGUUCAAGUGAGUGAAAAUUCUGUAUCGGAACGAGGAACUACUACUACUACAACAACGUCAACAGUAUUAAGUACAGCUUCUCCAUCUUUGUGUCAUGCAGACACGGAAGCCAUUGUAUGUAGAAAUACAACUUUCAUUGAAACUGUUGAAAAAUUACCAAUACGAGAACAAUGGACAAAUAAAGUAGAAUUUCUUCUAUCAGUUAUUGGCUAUGUUGUCGAUCUCGGCAAUGUAUGGCGUUUUCCAUAUAUGUGUUUCGAUAAUGGUGGUGGAGCAUUUCUUAUACCCUAUAUGAUAUUUCUUUGUGUUAUCGGUAUACCAAUGAUGUAUUUAGAACUGUUUCUUGGUCAAAAUUAUCGAUGUGGAAAUAUUACAUUAUGGGGUCGUAUAUCUCCAUCAAUGAAAGGAAUUGGAGUAUCUUCAUUUUUAAUUGUUACUGCUGUCACUCUAUUUUAUACUACUAUAAUUGCUCAUGCUGUAUUCUAUUUAUUUGCAUCAUUUCGUGAAAUAAUGCCUUGGAGUUUAUGUUCUCAUUCAUGGAAUACACUCAAUUGUGUUGAACGUAUGCGAUUAAAUCAAAAUGAAUUAGAUAAAAUUAAUUUUGUUGAAUCAAAUCAAAUAACAUCAUAUAAAAAUAUGACAAAUUUAUUUAAUUUAACAACAAUGUCACCUCUUUUCUUUUCAUCCUUAACAAAUUUUUCAAAUAAUAAUAAUAGUAAUCAAUCAUUACCCAUCAUUCAAAAGACAUCAUCGGCUGAUGAAUACUACAAUAUCUAUAUGUUAGGUAUUAAUCGAUCAUCUGGUCUUACAAAUUUAUCUAAUAUUAAACUUGAUCUAUUAUUAUGUUUAAUAUCAAUAUUUAUUCUAAUGUAUAUUUGUAUCUAUCGAGGUGUCAAAUCAACAGGUAAAGCUGUCUAUAUUACUGCUAUACUACCCUAUUUGGUACUUAUUAUUCUAUUAGUCCAAGGUCUCAAUUUAAAAGGUUCUCGUGUUGGUAUACAAUAUUUUUUAAAACCUAAUUUUCAAAAAUUAAAAGAUAUGAAAGUAUGGUUUAGUGCUGCAAAUCAGAUAUUUUUCACACUUGGUCCUGGUUUAUCUGUACUAACAACAUAUGGCAGUUAUAAUUUAUCAAAUAAUAAUUGUUAUUAUGAUGCUUUAAUUGCUGUUGUAGCUAAUUUUACUGCAAGUUUUCUUGCUGGAUUUGUCGUCUUCUCAGGUUUGGGUCAUAUGUCAUAUCGAUUAAAAAAACAUAUUACCAAAGUUGUUGGUCAAGGACAAGGUGCAUCAUUAUCAUUUAUUGCUUAUCCAGAAAUAUUAGCUACAUUUAAAUAUCCAACAUUUUUUUCUAUUUUAUUUUUUUUAAUGGUAAUUAAUUUGGGUUUAGAUAGUGAUUUUGGUGGUUUAGAAGCAAUGUAUACAGCAUUAAGUGAUGAAUAUCCAUUAUUAAAACGAAAUAGAAAAUCAGGAAUGUUAAUUAUGUGUGGUCUACUUAUUAUAGCAUGUUUACCAACAGUAACUCAAGGAGGAAAUUAUGUUGUACAAUUCUUAGAUAAAUUUUCAACAGCCCCAUCAUUAAUGUUAGUUGUCAUGUUAGAAGCAAUAGCAGCAACAUGGAUAUAUGGUAUUAAAAAUUUGGUGAAUGAUAUGCGAGUGAACUUAGGUUUUGAACCAAAUCUUUUUUUUCGCAUAGCAUGGACAGUUUUAUGUCCACUUAUUGUUAUUUUAUUAAUGAUUUUAAGUUUAACCUAUUCUGAUGCAUUGACAUACGGUAAUUAUGUAUUUCCUCAAUGGUCAAUUGUAUUUGGUUGGUGUUUAAAUAUUUGCUUUAUAUUACCGGUACCAUUUUAUAUUUUACGAACAUUUUUUCGAUCUACUCGUGGAACAAUAAGAGAACGUUUACAACGAUUAUUUCAAUCGAAUAAAAGUUUAAUCAAAUGGCAACAAGAAAAUGGUGCAAUUGCAAACGUUUAA